UCUUCCCCGCACCGCACAGCGCCAUGCUCACCCGCCCUCUCCGUCGCCUCCUAACCCGUCCGACUGUCGUUUCACACUUUCACAGCUUUCAACCAUGUUGGUCCUCAAGAAGAGUUCUACAAAAGUUCAAGCUUGCUGACAUUGGCGAGGGCAUCACAGAGUGCGAGGUCAUCAAAUGGAAUGUGAAGGAACUUGGCACCGUCCAAAGCUUUGACCCAUUGUGCGAGGUUCAGAGCGAUAAAGCCAGCGUCGAAAUCACGAGCCCAUUCGAUGGUGUAGUGAAAGAGAUUCUGGUGAAGGAAGGUGAAGUCGCAAAGGUCGGCGAAGGGCUCUGUGUCAUCGAGGUUGACGAGGAAUCACUUGAUAGUCCCAGCGAGGAGCAGAUAGAUCCUGAAUCGUCGUCUGAGCCAGUGCCGUCGCAAAUAAUUACAGACUUCAAGUCUGUGGAAGAUGCUACCUCUCAGGCCAAACAGUUCCGCGAGGAGCCAUCUGCACCAAGACGGUUGCACCCCAUGGACCCGAAUUACUCAAUUCCUUCCGUUUCUAAUGUAAACUCCGAGAACGUCCUCGCAAAGCCCUCAGUCCGUCAUUAUGCUCGCCAGUCCAAGGUUGACCUUGCACUUCUCCCCCCAGGUAGUGGACGUGACGGACGCAUCGAGAAGAAGGAUAUCGAUGCAUUUCUAUCUCAGCAAGUAUCUUCUGUUUCAGUAGACUCUGGUUCGCUUCUACAAGCCCAACAAGACGUGAUCGUAGAGCUCGGUCGGACGCGUUACGGCAUGUGGAAAGCUAUGACCCAGAGCCUCGAGGUUCCACACUUCGGCUACUCGACUUCCCUCGACCUCACGUCUCUUCAUUCCCUCCUCCCAACCCUCAAUGCACAUAUACCCGGACACUUUAAUCCCUCUGGGUCACCCCCACUUGCAGUUAACCCAUCCGCUCUACACCCAGCACCAUCUCCUCCUCCAGUACCAGAAAGCGCCCAAUUCACCCGUCUCACAUACCUCCCCAUUCUCUUAAAGACGCUUGCAAAAGCCAUGAUGGAAUGGCCGAUACUCCGUUCCUCCAUCACGCCAGGCAGCAUAGAUGGAGGAGGCAAACCCACCCUUACGAUCCGUCCGCACGCAGACAUCGCUAUCGCUCUGAGCACCCCGACAGGCUUAUACACACCUGUCAUACCCCACGCAGAUACGCACAGCAUCUACAGCCUUUCUUCUCAACUCAAGCACAUUUCUUUCCUCGGUCGUCAGGUACCAUGCGCACUCACGAUGAACGAGAUGCCGAAACGCGGUGCGACAGUCACAGUGUCUAAUAUAGGUGCCAUCGGCGACGGGGAGUACGCGCACCCUGUUUUAGUGCCUGGAGGUGGUGUCGCCAUCGUCGCCAUAGGGAGAGCAAGAUGGGUAUGGGACGUCAGCAAGAGCGAGCAUGGCGAGAGGCGGCUCAAGGUUGGCAUAAGCUGGAGUGGGGAUCAUCGUGUGAUGGAAGGUGCAGAGUUGGCUGCGUUCGUGGAGUCCUGGAGGGCGUAUGUGGAGGCACCUGAACGACUUAUUGGAGAAGGAAUUUGAGCCGAGCACAAAUGACUGUCAGAGGUCGGAUGAGAAGCGCACAUAAGCUGUAAAUUGGUUGACUUGAACCGACGCUUACACUAUCGCUUUGCCAUUAUGAUAUGGAGCACGCAUAUUGGUAUCAUAAUUCCUUACAUCGUUGUGAUUACAGGAAUUCAUUCUCGGGUCGGCACAAUGGAUCGUUUAACCUCCAUGUCAUCUCCGUAAUGAAAAAAUUGUUUGAAGAUAACUUAUCGUCACAGCGAAUCCAGAUUCCACAUAGUAAUACUUAUGCGGACCCGCGUCUG